AUGCCUAGUUUUGAUCAGUUGAGUUUUGCCGAGCGAAAAGGCGUCGCUCAAACUGAGCUACAGGAAUGUGGUAGUUCUCCAUACCGUGCUCGUAAUCGUAAUACGAAGAACCUGUUUUUGAAAAUCGGAAACUCACCCGUCCAGAAACUAGCGCAAGGUAGUACACAAGAUGAAUUUGACUCUGAAGCGACUUCUCAAACUUCUUUACGAGACCCUGUUGCAAUUGCUAGCCGAAAGCAAACAGCUCGCAACGAAGCACACAUUUUCUCUCUCUCCAGCGUUCUAGACAAGGCGAAAAUUUCCCCAGUUUCUAGUAAAGGUUCGUCUGGUGUACAAUCCACGGCAGAUAUUGGGGGCACGCGAAGCAGAAUCAAAAGGAAGAUGUCCUCACCUUUGCAGCUCAAAACUUCUUCUGUAAGUAGCAACAGUACUGACGGGCUUACAACUCCUAUUGAACUUCAAAGUUUGUCGCUCGAACAAAAUACGGAUUCUGCACACCACACAACGUCUUGGGUGUACCAUAAGAAAUCGGCUUCAGCAUCGCCGUCAUCAUCCAAUGAUGACAACGGCUUUUACAAGUAUCAUGAAGAAUACAAGGGCAACGCGUAUCCACAGGGGCCUUUGCUAGUCCAUGGGUCAAUGCUAUACCUAUGCUCUGAGCCAACUUUUGAGGAACUGCAAGACUACGAUGUUACGAUCAAUGUUGCUCAGGAGGUCAAAAGCUUCCGCUCACAACUCCCGGUCGAGAAGCAAGGCUACUAUCAUCACAUAGAGUGGACGCAUACGGCCAAAAUAUGUCCUGAUUUACCCAGGCUAACGCAGCUAAUACAUCAGGCUGUAAGAUCUGGCCAAAAAGUGCUAGUACAUUGCCAGUGUGGCGUGUCUCGUUCGGCGUCGCUUAUCGUAGCUUAUAUUAUGCGAUACGAGGAAUUGUCCUUGAAUGACGCGUACAAUCACCUCAAGGCUGUGGCCAAAGAUAUAAGCCCUAAUAUGAGUCUGAUAUUUCAGCUCAUGGAGUGGAACGAAGCACUCACGACACACAGAUUACAUACCCAGACGGAGAAUGCUGGAACGGGCCAGAAUGGGUCACCAUCCCAGGAUGAGAACAAGCCGGACUUGAAACCGUGGGAAAUUGCCAACAUCUUAUCACAGCAGACUGCAGAUGAACUAGCAAAGGCUUUUCUCAGUAGUCCCAAUAGCUCAAGUAUAUCAACAGAAAAUACACCGCGCACGCCUCGCGAGCUACCAAACUACUCCCAGGUUCCCUAUAAGCCGUCAUUGACGGGAAAAUCUGCGAAUUGUUUUGGGGCCCCAGUGGCAGGUUCUUCACAGUACUAUUCUCUAUUUGAUAGUUUAAGCCCAUCUUUGGUGCAACUGGGUGAAAAAGAUGGAUCAACAUGGAAUUAG